CCAGAGAGUCUUUGGAAUCACAUCGUGGAAGUUGUCCGGGAUAAUGAUGUGGUUAUUUGGUAACGGGCCUGGGCGCCUCACGGGGUUCGAGUGUAUCCCUUAUAUUACUCACAGAUCCGGCUCCUUUUGAACACUAACAAAGCAUAUGAUGGCAAGCUUCUCUGCUGUUUCCGUCGUCUUUAUUCUAUGCAGCUCCAUUUCUACUUCUUUGUUACAGCUGCAUUUGGCAUCGGAUAGCUCUGUCUGACAAUGCCUCGUUCACGUCGCAAAGAACAGCGGCUCUUUGUUGGGCUGCAAUGGCCGGGGAGACAAUGAACCAUCCCAAUAGCAUUGGGAGAAAAGGCACAACUUAUGACUGCCGAGCAAGGAGAGCCAAUUCUCAUCGCCACCAGAAUUAACAUCACCAACCUUCCAAAACCAUGACACUACCAGGCCGAAAGAUCGUGGCCGCUCAUUUGGUGGACCAUGAAGAAGAUGAAAACCGAGGACUAAAGGGCUACGUCAAAGCAACGGACUAUGCGCUUCCCUACAUGUCGCAGUGGUCACGAAUCAACAAUGAGGACGUCAAGAGCGAGCUACUCCGCCAUAUCAACUGUGGUUAUCUCUCCACGCAUGGUAUUCCGCCCACGCUCCUUGCAUUGAAGCAACAUGCCCAAUCUCUCUGUGCCCUCAUCCAAAUGCUGCAGCCAGAUGUCAAGGUCGCCGAGGUUCAAGUUGAUGGCGCUACUUCCGCCAGCAACGACUUGACCCAGGGAGGUUCCAUGGGUAAGGGCAAGAACAGUGCCUCAUCGGCCGACGACGGUUUAGCCAUGAAGUUCGAACUCAACUCAGCUUUCGAUUUCCUCAACGACCUUCGCACGCCUUACCACACCGACAAUGUUUACCACCACAAGCCCCUUGUCUCGCUGAUCAACGAAGUCCGUGGGCGCAAUGAGGUUUACGGCACCGAUUACCACUGCCCCCUGACCCAGAUCCAGCACCAUUCGCCCCCGGUAACUUCCAACACCACCACCGGCCAGGAAGACCAGCCAAGGGAACUUCGCCCCUACUCCAAUCUCCAAAACCUGCUUAUCCACACCAACUCCUGCCUGGAGCGCCUCGACCACGAGUACACCGCCACCGGCGGCCUACUGAGCGUCCUCCCUACUGACGCGGACCACGACACCGAAGAACUCCAGCACGCGCGCACCACCUUGCUCGGCCAAUGGCUUCUCUUCACGCAGCACCUCGUCGCGCGCAUGCACGAGCUCGAGCGCAGCUACGGCAACGCGCUCGACGCGCUGGCCGGCGAAGCAGCCAUUCCGCACCAGGUGCUCAGCAAGCUGGGCCCCGACGGCCGGACAGGCCGGGUGGUGGCCUACCCACAGGAUCAGUACAUCCUCGUCAACUCAGGCGAGGACGUCUAUGAGUACAUCCACAGUCUCCUCGACAAGCGCGAGGCGGUUCUGCAGGCCAAGGAGAGAGUCUGGCGCAAAAACGGCGCGGUCGGAGAAGAAAUGUGGCACAAGAACCCACAGACUGGUGCCAGCGCUGACGACGGCACUGACAACAGCCUCUUCGACCAGAUGGAAAAGGUCGACGGAGACCUCAUCGGCGCCUACUUCAGCCGGGGCAUCGUGCAAGUGGACGUCACAACGCGGUACUACCGGCUCGCCAACUCAGGCAAGGGCGUGCUCUUCGUCGUGCCCGCCCACGCCGUCCACCCGGGCGUCGAGCACACGCGCCUGCUGGAAACCCAGCCGACCAUCAUGGCCACCGUGCAGCCGCGCUACCCGCCGCGCGCGUCCGAACUGGAGAUGAAGUACAACCGCAAGCUGCGCGAGGCGGGCAAGAUCCAGCAGGAGAAUUUGGACCUGCACUCCGAGAUGGGAUCCCAGAAAGAACAGAUCCGCACGCUGAAGGCGGAGGUGGAGAGGUUGUCGCACACGAGGGAUGCGUUGCUGAAUGGGGUGGGUAAAAGUGAGGUGGAGGCUAAGAAGGAGGCGGAGACGUUGAGGAAAAGGGCGGAGAAGGCGGAGAGGUUGGCGAGGGAGUUGAAGGAGAGGAAGAGGGAGAUGAAGAGUAAGGUGUCGAAGUUGACGAAGCAGAGGGAUAGCUUGAUGAUGGGUGUGGAUGAUGUGUCGGAUGGGGAGGAUGAGAUGGAUUUGGACUGGGAUGCGUAGAUGGCUUUCGUUGACUAUUGUAAUGGUGCCGGAGGUUGUUAUUUUUUGUUGACUUUUUCGGUAUUUGUUUUCCUGUCUGGUGUUUGGCUCGGUCAAAGGGU